GUGCUUUUUGUUGUUGUUGUUGUUGUUUGAACAGGUCCAUUUAAGACCCUUAACUCUGUUAAUUAUUCUCUUCUUAAAGAUGGAGUUUAUUAAAGAGGAAACUGAAGAAAAUAAGAUUAAAGAUGAGACUGAAGAAAUAAAGAUUGAAGAAACAUUCAGAGUGAAACAUGAAGAAACUGAGGAACAAACAGACCUAACGGCACUGAAAGAGGCGAGUCAUGAACUUAAUGAAAUGGAAGAAGAGAAAAAACAUUAUGAUAAACACGAUUUCAUGACUGGGAAAAGAUCGAUACAGGCUAAAAAGACCUCCUUACAAAAUAGAGCUCAAAAGACUGGAAAUAAAAGUUAUUUCAUCUGCCAACAGUGUGGAAAGAGUUUUGAUCAACACAGAAACCUUCAGGUUCACUUGAAAGAUCAUGCUAGAGAGAGCUCCAUCACUUGCCAACAGUGUGGAAAGAGUUUUGAUCAACACAGAAACCUUCAGGUUCACUUGAAAGAUCAUGCUAGAGAGAGCCCCAUCACUUGCCAACAGUGUGGAAAGAGUUUCACACUUAAAGAAAACCUUCAAGUACACAUGAGAAUUCACACUGGAGAGAAACCUUUCACCUGCCAGCAAUGUGGAAAGAGUUUCACUGUAAAAGGAAACCUUAUAGCCCACAUGAGAAUUCACACUGGAGAAAAGCCUUUCACCUGCCAGCAAUGUGGAAAGAGUUUCACACAUAAAAGAAGCCUUCUAGUCCACAUGAGAAUUCACACUGGAGAAAAGCCUUACACCUGCCAACAAUGUGGACAGAGUUUCACACAUAAGGGUAGCAUUAAAGUCCACAUGAGAAUUCACACUGGAGAAAAGCCUUUCACCUGCCAACAAUGUGGACAGAGUUUCAGUCAAAAGGGAAACCUUAAUGAACACAUGAGAGUUCACACUGGAGAGAAACCUUUCACCUGCCAACAAUGUGGAGAGAGUUUCAGAUUUAAAGGUAACCUUAAGGGACACAUGAGAAUUCACACUGGAGAAAAGCCUUACAUCUGCCAACGGUGUGGAAAGAGUUUCAGUCAAAAAGGAAAACUUGAAAUCCACAUGAGAAUUCACACUGGAGAAAAGCCUUACAUCUGCCAACGGUGUGGAAAGAGUUUCAGUCAAAAAGGAAAACUUGAAAUCCACAUGAGAAUUCACAAUGGAGAAAAGCCUUACACCUGCCAACAGUGUGGACAGAGUUUCACUGUAAAAGGAAAUCUUACAGCCCACAUGAGAAUUCACAAUGGAGAGAAGCCUUUUACAUGUGGUCAGUGUGGAAAGAGUUUCAGAUUUAAAGGUGACCUUAAGGGUCACAUGAAGAUUCACUCGAAAAUGACUCUUUUACAAGUUUCAAAUCACCAAUUCUAAUACAACUUAAGGUCUUAGAGUAUCUGAUUUUAAUAAGUACUUAAAGGGUCAUGAAACCCCAGAACACAUUUUCUGAGCUGUGAACAGAUAUACAUAGGCUGCACAUCAUUGAAAACACUAAAGGUACUCAA